AUGUUUCAACAGUGGACGAAUAUCCUACUUUUUGGAAGCUUCUUGCUAGCCACCGUUUCAGGCCGCCAUCGAGAUGUCGCUCAAAGAAGAGGUUUUACACCGCAGGCACUGGAAGAUUUGCGAGCCAGGUCAUUAUAUGGCCGAACUACCCCACCUUCCGAAAGACAGUAUUACACCAAUGAUACCAAGAAAUACUUCGUGGAAUCCUUGCCCGAUAUCCCUCAAAGCUUCAUGACGGAAAUGUACAGCGGAGUCAUUCCUCUGAAUAUGUCUGAUGACAGUCGGGGACUAUUUUUUGUCUUUCAACCUCGAGUCGGAAACCCUGUUGAAGAAAUUACCGUCUGGUUCAAUGGUGGGCCAGGCUGCAGCUCUCUGGAAGGAUUCUUCCAAGAAAACGGACUGAUUCAGUGGAGCUGGGGUCAAUACUCUCCUCAAAUCAAUCCUUAUUCUUGGGUCAAUUUAACCAACAUGCUUUGGGUCGAAUAUCCAGUGGGUGUGGGAUUUUCUCCAGGGAAACCGACCGCCACAAAUGAAGAAGAACCGGCUGAGGAGUUUGUCCAAUUCUUCAGGAACUUCCAGGAAAUUUUCAACAUCAGCGACUACAAGAUUUACGUCACGGGAGAGAGCUAUGCCGGACGAUAUGUUCCAUACGUCGCCAAUGCAAUGCUGGAUCAAAAUGACAUCACUCACUUCAAUGUUUCCGGCGCUCUCGUCUACGACCCGUGCAUCGGGUCAUUCGACUACGCCAACGCUCUCUCCGUAUACCCCUUCGUCGAGCAAAACAACAACAUCCUCGGCUUCAACCAGUCGUUCCUCUCCAUGCUCGCCAAACGUGACCAACAGUGCGGUUAUGCCCAAUACCGCCAGGAGUUCCUGCACUUUCCGCCAAAUGGGACCCAGCCACCAUUGUAUCUCAACACCACCGCGGAUCCCGACUGCGACACCUGGGACAUGGUCUACAUUAACGCAUACGGCGUCAACCCAUGCUUCAAUGUCUACGAGCCGAACCUGCAGUGUCCGUUACUCUCAGACCCUUUGGGCUUUCCCACCGACUUGAUCUACUCGUACCCCGGUCUGCCUCCUUACUUCAACCGGACGGAUGUGAAGAAGGCGAUGCACGCGCCCCUGACGACAGAUUGGGAAUUGUGUACUGGACCGGUCUUCGUGGGGGAUGGCGGACCAGAGGGUUAUGAUGACCUGAGCCCGGAUCCAUUGCAGGGCGUCCUGCCUCGAGUCAUCGAAGCCACUAAUCGUGUCCUGAUCUCUAAUGGCGCACUGGACCUCGAUAUCCUCACCAAUGGCACCAUGCUCGCGAUCCAAAACAUGACCUGGAACGGCAAGAUGGGGUUCCAAUCCCAACCAUCCAAGCCCAUCAUCAUCAAGCUUCUGGACCUCCAAUACCAGGAAGUCUUUGACUCAAGCGGCUUCGAGGGCCUCGACGACUACCAGGGCGUCAUGGGCGUGCAACAUUACGAGCGCGGCUUGAUGUGGGCGGAAACGUAUCUGAGUGGACAUAUGCAGCCGCAGUUCCAGCCUAGGAGCACCUACCGACAUCUGCAGUGGUUGUUGGGCAGGAUUGAUGCACUUUGA